AUGGAAGCUGCAAUCCCCCUCGGGGUCGCCCCCCGAGGCAGCACCGGCAUCUGCAGCUUCUCCGUACCGCUCAAGUCCUCGACCAAGCCCAGCCUCAGCUGCUUCGGCAGGGUCCCCGGAAAGCUCACGCUUUUCCCGUCCCGCGCCGUCUCCGAGGACCGCGCUGACGCCACGCCGCAGUGGCAACUCGACUUUCUUGGGGCGAGCGCUGUGACCCCCGACACGCCUGAGGACGAGGAUGAGGAGGACCUCCUCCCAGCUGAGGCCACCGAUUGGUGCGUCCGCGCGCGCCGCUCUGCCCUGCGCUCCAUCGAGGAGCGGGGCCUCGCGCCCUCGCUGCAGCGGAUGGUGUCACCGCCCAAGAAGAAGAAAAAGAAGAAGACUGCCAAGAAGAAAGAAUUCAAGAAGGCGGCCGCCGAGCUCAAGCGCCGCAAUAAGCAGGUGGAUGAUGCCGAGGCAGACGAAGACGACGACGAUGACUAUGACGUCGUUGAUGAUUUGCAGAACAUGGACGACCUGGAGCUCCGGGUCGCGCAGUUCGCCGACGGCAUGUUCGACGAAAAGCGCCAGAGAAACAGGGAGGCCUUCGUCCAAACCUUGUCCAGGUUCUCGGCCGUGCCGUCCAACCGGAGCAAAGAGGUGUCCUUGAAUCGCUCCAUCGUCCAGGCGCAAACUGCCAACGAGGUGCUGGACCUCACGGCAGAGGUGAUCACCGCUGUCGCCAAGGGUCUCAGCCCCUCGCCGCUCACGCCGCUCAACAUCGCCACUGCGCUCCACCGCAUAGCGAGGAACAUGGAGGCGGUGUCCAUGAUGCAGACGCACCGCCUUGCCUUUGCGCGCCAGAGGGACAUGUCCAUGCUCGUGGGUCUGGCCAUGGUGGCCCUGCCUGAGUGCUCGCCGCAGGGUGUCUCCAACAUCGCCUGGGCUUUGUCCAAGAUUGGCGGUGACCUGCUAUACCUGCCGGAGAUGGAUAGGAUAGCCGAUGUGGCCAUGGCUAAGGUUCAAGACUUCAAUGCACAGAAUGUUGCCAAUGUUGCAGGAGCGUUCGCUUCCAUGCGCCAAUCAGCACCGGGGCUUUUUCCGGCUCUGGCCCUGAGAGCAGCACAACUACUGCAAACAUUCAAGGAGCAAGAGCUUGCUCAAUUCUUAUGGGGUUGUGCUUCUCUGAACGAGUGCCCCCAUCCCUUGCUUGAUGCACUAGAUACUGCUUUUCAGAAUGAUACCAGUUUUCAGUGCCAUGUAUCUGAUUUAAAAUCAAGCGAGCAUCAGAGCUCAGCAGAAGAACUUUCUGGUGGAGAGGGUGGUAGCACUAGCAGUGCCCGUACACUGAACUUCAACCGAGAUCAGGUUGGGAAUAUUGCUUGGUCCUAUGCUGUUAUUGGGCAAAUGGACCAUCCAUUCUUUUCGCAUAUGUGGAAAACUCUGAGCCAAUUCGAAGAGCAACGGAUUUCGGAUCAGUAUAGAGAAGACAUGAUGUUUGCUUCACAGGUUUAUCUUGCAAACCAGUCUUUGAAGCUUGAAUACCGAAACCUUGGACUGUGCUUAAGAAGUGAUCUUGAGGAGAAAAUAACAAAAGCUGGAAAGAGCAAAAGGUUCAAUCAGAAGACAACCUCUUCAUUUCAAAAGGAGGUUGGCCGUCUUCUCUAUAGUACAGGGCAUGAGUGGGUUAGAGAAUAUGCAAUCGAUGGUUACACUGUUGAUGCCGUGUUAGUUGAUGAGAAGCUUGCAUUUGAGAUAGAUGGGCCGACACACUUCUCUAGGAAUUUAGGUACACCAUUAGGUCACACAGCAUUUAAACGACGCUACAUUGCAGCUUCUGGGUGGAAGUUGGUUUCCUUGUCUCUUCAAGAGUGGGAGGACCUACAAGGUGAGUUUGAACAAUUGGAAUAUUUGAGGAGAAUAUUAGACAUAGAAGCUGAAUAA